AUGGAUUCUCCAAGCCAGUCUUCGUUUGUGCCAUCCUUGAAACAAUCCUACUGCGAACCAUCCACUAGUCGGAAGAGAGUCGCGAGCAGCUCACCAGACUUAUUCGAUUCUUCAUCCGAGGAGAUCGAUGAGUGGCGACGAUCCUCGAUAGCGUGGAAAAAGUCUCAUGAUCAGAAAGUAGCUCAGUGUCUUGCGCGAAACCGGCUUCCUAUUGGACCAGUUGAAAAAUACUUGAGCUUAACCUCGCCCAUUCUCAUACCAGACCAGACCAGAUCAGAUAGUGCCCAACAAAUUUCCCCUCCCGUAGUGCCAGCCCCUCAUGCAACUAGAAGUGGGGUUGAACCUACUAGGGAGCACCCCCAAAUGGAUUCGGUAGAUCUGAAUGGGCCUUCAUCGCCUACUUCACCUCAAAGUCACAACAAGACGCGUUCGGGACGAAUACUGCUCGCACCAGAGACACCAGGUUUAUCCCUCGCACUAAAAACAAAAAGUGUAUUACUUGCACCAGAGACUCCGGCAUCUUCCUCAAGCAUCUUCCAAUUCAAGAAGGCCCCUACUCAUACCCGGUCUCCCGGAAUACGUUCUACCCCUGGGAUAUCUGAUGAGCCCAAGCAAUCAACUCCUCAUGAACAAAACAAGCAAUCAACUUCUUGUGAACAAACCAAGCAAUCAACUUCUCGUGAAAAAACCAAGCAAUCAACUUCUCAUGACGUUGUAAACCUGGUAGAUCGCAGCUCAUCAGUUCGCGAAAGGUGGAGUAAUUUCGGGCGCGUUUCAAGUCGGUCGGAAGCUUUCGACAGUUCUGGCUUACAUCGCACGACGAGUGAAACGAGUAGUGCAAGUAUCAAGAUGAAAACUACCAAGCGUUCCCGGCGAGAGUCUCAAGUCAAAGAAAUCGAUACAUUGGAUGCAUACGACAAAUUAACGGCUAAGGAGCGAUCGGCUCGAUUUCCGAGAGUUGAAAUGUGGGCAGACUUCCUUGCCCACUCGAAUAGGAUAUCUUCGAAAAGGAGUAAAGCCAAAGUUUUCAUGAAUCGAUGUCGUAUUUAUUAUCUCAUCGAUCCUUCAGUUCAACAUAAUCUGGACGAUGCUGAUCGAAUGAGGAUGCGGAGGCUCUUUGAAGCUGGUGCUCAAAUUCAACCAGAGUUACGAUCAAAACAAGUCACUCACAUUAUUGUUCGAAAUGACACAUCCUGGAAUUCUUGUCUCCGUGCAAUCAGAAGUGUGGUAUCUGACCCUUCAGAAAGACAAACCAUCAAAGAAAUGUGUCUGGCCUCUUUGGAAAAAACACCGGGCGACGAGUUGAUUUGGAUUAUGGAUUUUAAAUGGGUCACCAGCUGUCUGUCUUAUGGCGCGGUACCUGUUGAAAAAUAUACGUGCAUUCGACCUCGUGCCUCGAAAGUCCUGCAGCCACCAAAACCUCUGCCAAUGACUUCCGCUGGAUCUCAAGAUUACAAUCGCUCUACGGAAUCAGAAGAACACAAUAUCGACUCGGACGAUGAAAUUGAAACUUCCAUAUCCUUAAGAUAA